GCUCCGCAGAUCUGAAUGGGGAAUUGGAAGCUAUUCAUGAAAUCCGUCACCAAUACGAAGAGCUAUCAACUUUUAAAAGACCGUUGCGUGCAGAAUCCACUUACAAAACAGAAGAAAAAAGUUCCAAAGGGAAUUGGUAUCUUACAGCCGAUAGUAAAUUUGGAGGAUUACAAGCUCAAGAGGCCCAACGCUUCGAUCCCGGCCCAUGUAGAAGACGCAGACGCCGAAGAGCUCCGCCACCCACUCACCAGCACCGCGGCCAUGGGAGACACUACGAUGGAGGAGGAGGAGGAGGAGGAGGAGGAGGAGGAGAAGGGGCGGAGGCGGAGGCGGUGGCGGUGGAGGUGGUGGGUGGCGGUGGCGAUGCACUCCGUCCUCGUCCUCUCCGGCCAAUCCGCCGCCACCCUCCUCGGCCGCUUCUACUACGACCACGGCGGCUCCUCCAUGUGGCUCCAAACCCUAACCCUCUCCGCCGCCUUCCCCGUCCUCUUCCUCCCCCGCCUCCUCCUCUUCACGCCUCAAUCUCCGCCCCUGCCACCGCCUUCGCCGCUUCUGAAGCUCGGGCUCGCGUACGUGGGGCUCGGCCUGAUCACGGCCGUCGACAGCCUGCUGUACUCGUACGGCUUGCUGUAUCUGACGGUGUCGGCGUACUCGCUGGUGUGCGCCACCCAGCUGGGCUUCAACGCCGUCUUCUCCUACUUCAUCAACGGCGAGAAGUUCACCGACCUCACCCUCAACUCCCUCGUCCUCCUCACCUUCUCCGCCGCCAUCCUCGCCGUCCGCUCUGACGACGACCCCACCGCAGGAAGGCACUACGGGCUUGGCUUCGUGCUGACCCUCGCGGCGUCGGCAUUGUACUCCCUCAUCCUCUCCCUGAUGGAGCUGACCUUCGAGAAGCUCGUCCGCAGCCGGAGCCUGCGCGCGGUGCUCGACAUGCAGAUCUACACCGCGGCCGUCUCCACCGCCGCCGCCGCCGCGGGCCUCUUCAUCAGCGGCGAGUACAGAGGCCUGAGGCGAGAGGCCGAGGGGUUCGGCCGAGGCGAAGUGGGCUACGUGAUGACUCUAAUCUGGGCCUCGGUGGGGUGGCAGGUCACCAACGUUGGGCUCGUGGGCCUCAUCUCGGAGGUGUCCGCGCUCUUCUCCAACGUCAUCAGCACUCUCGGGAUACCCAUCGCGCCCGUGUUUGCCGUGAUCCUGUUUAAGGACAAAAUGGACGGGGUUAAGGUGAUAUCCCUCUUGUUGGCUAUCUGGGGAUUUAUAUCCUAUUUUUAUCAGCACUAUCUUGAUUAUAAGGCCCAGAAAAAGGCUACAGUACUGGGGGAAAGAGGAGACGCUAGAGACGCUUCUGCUUAGUCACGGGUUUAUAUGUAUAUAUGAGGGUGUUUUUCGCUCUCUAAUGGGUUAAUGAGAAAAUUUUUAGCAAAACAAAGAGAAAAAAAGGUAUGAUGAUAACUAUUGUUUCAAAGUUAUGGACAUCGUAUAGUGAUGGAAAAAUCAUUUUCACAUGACAUGCUCUAGAUGAAUGAUCACAUGGGCUAAUUAAAAGCCAGCCAUUAUCAAUUUGACAAACAUGCUCUAAAUAAAUGAUCACAUGGGCUGAUGGGCUACCAACUUUUGUGGCAAAUUAAAAGUGUGAACAUUGAAGACGAGGGCCGCAGUAGCAAAAGUGUCAGCAAUUAUUAGUUUAGGACCACAUCUUGAAGGGAGCAACUCUUAUCUGUGGUACUAUCAAAUGCGCGUAGCUGCAUGUUUGCUUAGCUUACAGCUCGGCGGGCGUUUGACAAAUAUAAAGUUUGUAGUUUUCGCGACCGUGGAUUCAAAGCUGCAACAAGAUGCAUCUAAACUUCGGAAUAAGUCGAUUUUGCUUCUAUUGCAAUGAGAAGCUGUUGAAAAAGAUUUGAUUAAACAACUUUGGCAACACAAUCCUUAUUUCCCCCAUUUUACUGUCAAAAUAUACUGGUUUUUAAGUCGGUCUCUUUGCAUUCUCGGAUGACUCCCUUGAAAGGCAACGCAAUCCUGGCGUUGCUAAAGGUUAAGAAAAGGAAAGAAACUGAUCCUUUUU